AUAUAACACAGGGUGCCCAAUUCAAAAUGGCUGCCAACUUCAAAGCAAACUUCUUCGUUUAAUAUUUUUAUUUUCUAACUUUAAUUUGUGCCUAAUUCACCUCAUUUGAGUAUACGACUCUUUAGCAUCACAUUGUUAAGUGAUAUGAUAAUUUCUUUAUGGAUUUUCGGAUAGAAUGAUUGUAUUUUGAGUGAGGAAGAAAACGACUAUUGUAACCAGGUAACCACAAACCGUUUAUAUACAAGAUUUAAUACUCGUAACAUGUCUGAAAUAAAGAAAGUUGCAUCCCCGAUGGCUAAUACGAUGAUGGUACUGGAUCAAGGAGAGGAAUUACUAAGGUCACCCUCUGGUUUAACAAGAAGGCCACUCAAAAAGGCAACAUCUGAAGGUCUAAUUUCACUCUCUGCAGAGCCUGGAAAAGUCAAAUUUGAAGUAGGUAACCAGACGUGGUUAGAAUCAGAAGGGACAAGGUGCAGCAGUGCUGGACGUAUUGAAAGAAAACUCCAGUUAUUCAAGAAAAAGGAAGAUUCAGAAGAACAAAGAAGAAACAGUACAGAUGGAAUAUUCUUCAAACCACAAGACAACCCUCUAGUAACAAAAAUAAGUACCAUGAAAAUCAGCUCUACGACUACAACAGAAAAGACUAAAUUAUUACAGGAUGAGAAGCCAUCAAAGGCAGGGAAGCAUGAAUCUGAAAGCUCAGAAUCAGAGAGUGAUUCGGAUGAAAGCGAGUCUGAUAACGAAGAGGCAAAAGAAAAUGAUAUGUCUAAUGACGAGAACAAAGAAAUGGUACCUAUAGAAAUAAAAGCAGAAUUUAUCCAGUGUGUGAUGAGCGGAAAUUAUACAAAAGCUCAAGAAACGUGCAAGCAAAUACUUUUGCUGGAGCCUGAUAAUGCUACUUGCAAAGAGUUCCAUUCUGUGAUUAUGAUGAAAAUAGAACAAGACAAUAUGGAGGACAGUGAUGAAGAUGAUAGUGAAGAUGAUGAUGAUGACGAUGAAGAGGAUGACGAUGACGAUGGUGAGGAUGACAAUGACGAAGAGGAAUCAAAUACUAGCAGCAGUAGUGAAGAAAGUGAGGAAGAUACUGAUGAUGAUGAGUUCACUGUUGCACCUGGACUAAAUCUUAUCAUGGGUGGACUGCCGAUAAAACCUCAGGCAAAGUGAUAUUUGUUGACACUGUACUCCAUAUAAUGGAUCCAUAUAUAAUUUUCUAACACCUACAUAUAAUAAUUGUAAUUAUUUGUAUGAUGUACAUAAAAUACAAUUUAAUAUUAGUUGACUGUUAAGUUUGUAAUGCAUCAUUUCAUUAUCUUUUAAGUAUUAAAGAUUUUUAUAGCAA